AAAGUGAGUGCUGAGGUGACUUUUCUUCCAAGAGUUGAAUAGAACCGUUCAGGAUGGUUACACCGGACCUCAAUACACUGAUGACCCGCCUGGGCAUCACACGGAUACUGGGGAUCAUCUCCAACUGUAUCUGUUUUAGUUUGAUGGCAUCAGUGGGUGUCUAUAACUUUUCCUUUUGGACUUGGUGCUUGUUUACCUGGAGCUUCAGCUUCUGCACCACUUUACUGAUACUCAUUCUGGAACUCUUUAGUCUCAACCAGCGGCUACCCAUUUCCUGGAAUGAUUUCACCGCUGCCUUCUCCAUUGUGGCUACCCUAAUGGUAUUUGCAACGUCUGUUAUCAUGUCUGUGUUCUUCGCUAAGUUUGGCUAUGCCAAAUUCAUCGCCGCCACUGCUAUUUCAUUUUUCUCUUUCGGCUUGCAUUGCAAUGAGAUUACUUAUAUAUGGAAACAAUCGGACGAGAUCAGUGGAUUUCUAUCCUCAAUUCCAGGACUUCUAAAAAUCAUAGAAGCCUUCGUCGCCUGCGUCAUCUUCAUCUGUCUGGACUUCAGUCCCUACCCUUUUUAUCCAGGACUGCAAUGGUGUGUGGCCGUUUACUCCAUCUGCUUUAUUUUUGCCAUGUUUUUCAUCAUUACAACCAUUGGCAGACUGCAGUCUUGGCUCCCUGUACCCAUUGAUAAAGUAAUGCUGGUUUGCAAUGUUCUGGCUGUUGUGAUGUACAUGACAGCUGUGAUCAUCUGGCCGGUGUACAGCUUCAGAAACAUUAGCAGCUCAGACUGCCCCACUGUAGCUUUCUGUCCGCGGAAAUUGAUUAUUGUCAUAACUUUCAUGACGUGUUUCAAUUUUGUCGCCUAUGUUGUGGACUUAGUUUAUUCUUUGCGACAACAUUUCUUCAGUCAAUCUUAAAUAUGCCAAUAAAUGAGGACAUUUGUGA